UCAACAGCAUGCAAAUAAAUUAGGCAUGUAGUCAAUUCUGUACAACUCAAUGUUUAUACGUGAUGUGAAUUGACUCCUCACUAAUUCUUCUCACCUUCCCCCUUUGUCUUCAUUUCCUUCUUUGGAAUUAAUGGCUUCUCUUUCGUCAGCCCUAUAUUUUUUAAAUCCCGGAACUUCUCAUCCACCCAGUUUAGUCAUCCGACGAUUGAAUUCCUGAAAGAAUUUUCAAGUUGUAAAUAGAGAUGGGGAUAAUUGUAAGGAUGCUAAUCUUUCUUCACCGAAAAAUGGAGAGCCUCCCUUCCAUCACCUUCUUUUACACUUUGAUCUCUUUCUCAAUCUUCCUGGAGUCCUCCACUGCAGCAGAUACCAUAACUCCAACCCAACCCCUCAAUGAUGGUGAGACCUUGGUUUCCUCAGGCCAAACUUUUGAAUUGGGCUUCUUCUCCCCAGGUGAUUCCAAGAGCCGGUAUUUGGGGAUAUGGUACAAGAAUUCACCCAAUACCACUGUAUGGGUGGCUAACAGGGAAAACCCAAUUGAGGGUUCAUAUGGGGUUCUAAGUAUUGGAAAUGAUGGCAAUCUAGCUCUCCUCAACAAAACAAAGGGCAUUAUCUGGUCAUCAAGUUCUUCGAGAGGGGCUGAAAAUCCAACUGCACAGCUAUUAGAGACUGGAAAUCUUGUUCUUAGAGACGAGAGUGAUGUAGAUCCAGAGAUCUAUACAUGGCAAAGCUUCGAUUUCCCCUGUGACACACUGCUUGCAGGCAUGAAGUUUGGAUGGAACUUGAAAGAUGGCCAAAAUCGAUAUCUAACGUCUUGGAGAAACGCCAGUGACCCAGCACCCGGAGACUUCACUUGGCGAAUCGACAUUGUUGGGUUACCUCAAAUGGUUCUUAGGAAGGGAUCAGAGAAGAUGUUCCGUAGUGGGCCAUGGAAUGGAUUAAGUUUUAAUGGUCUUCCAUUGAUUAAGAAGACAUUUUUUACAUCUUCUUUGGUGGACAAUGCAGAUGAGUUCUACUAUUCGUACGAGCUUGACGACAAAUCGAUUAUAACAAGACUUACUCUGGAUGAACUGGGAAUCUACCAGCGCCUGGUGUUGAGCAAAACCAGCAAGAAGUGGGAUAUUGUGUAUCCACUGCAGGAUGAUUUGUGCGAUGACUAUGGCCGCUGUGGUGCUAACAGCAUUUGCAGAAUUAACGAUCGGCCUAUUUGUGAGUGCUUGGAAGGGUUUGUUCCAAAAUCACAGGAGGAAUGGGAAUUUCAAAAUUGGACCAGUGGCUGCAUUAGGAGGACACAGUUGGACUGCCAAAAGGGAGAAGGAUUUAUGGAACUUGAAGGGGUCAAACUGCCUGACCUGUUGGAAUUCUGGGUGAGCAAGAGCAUGACCCUUAAGGAAUGUGAGGAGGAGUGCUUGAGGAACUGUUCUUGCACAGCUUACACUAAUUCAAAUAUUAGUGAGGGAGGCAGUGGUUGCUUGAUCUGGUUUAGGGAUCUGAUCGAUAUCCGAGAGUUCCAUGAAGAUAAUAAGCAGAAUAUCUACAUCCGAAUGCCAGCUUCAGAACUAGAGUUGAUGAAUGGUUCCAGUCAAAGCAAGAAACGCUUGGUGGUUGUGGUGGUCUCAUCUACUGCUUCUGGAGUUUUCAUCUUGGGCUUGGUACUCUGGUUUAUAGUUCGGAAGAGAAAGAAAAGAGGUUCAGAAACAGAAAAGGAAGACCUGGAGCUGCAGUUGUUUGAUCUGGCUACUAUUUCAAGUGCUACUAAUAACUUCUCUGAUUCAAAUUUGAUUGGGAAGGGUGGUUUUGGACCAGUUUACAAGGGUACCCUGGCAUCAGGACAAGAAAUUGCAGUAAAAAGGCUUUCAAACAAUUCAGGACAAGGCUUUCAAGAGUUCAAGAAUGAAGUUAUUUUGAUUGCCAAACUUCAACAUCGCAAUCUUGUGAGGCUUUUGGGCUAUUGCGUUGAAGAAGAAAGAAUGCUGGUCUAUGAAUAUAUGCCCAACAAAAGCUUGGACUGUUUUAUUUUUGAUCAGGAAAGAAGCAUGCUACUGAAUUGGCCAAGGCGAUUUGACAUUGUCAUGGGAGUUGCUCGUGGACUCCUUUAUCUCCACCAAGACUCUAGAUUGAGAAUCAUCCAUAGAGAUCUCAAAACCAGUAAUAUAUUACUUGACAGUGAGCUAAACCCCAAAAUUUCAGACUUUGGCAUAGCAAGAGUUUUUGGGGGACAACAAACGGAAGCAAAAACAAAGCUAGUAAUUGGAACAUAUGGCUAUAUGUCUCCAGAGUAUGCAAUUGAUGGCAAAUUCUCAGUAAAAUCCGACGUCUUCAGUUUUGGUGUGCUUUUGUUGGAGAUAGUGAGUAGCAAAAAGAACAGGGGGUUUUGUCAUCCAGAUCACCACCACAAUCUUUUGGGACAUGCAUGGCUGCUUUGGAAUGAACGCAAGACCAUGGAACUGAUGGAUGCAGGCCUGAAGGAUUCAUGCAUUGAGUCUCAAGUACUAAGAUGCAUUCAAGUGGGCUUAUUAUGUGUUCAGAAACUCCCAGUAGACAGGCCAACAAUGUCAUCUAUAAUUUUCAUGUUGGGUAAUGAGGAAGCAACAUUGCCUCAACCUAAACAGCCCGGUUUCUUCUUUGAAAGAAGCUCUGAAGGAGAUGACAAAGGAUGUUACACAGAAAAUACAGUUACUCUGACAAUUCUUGAAGCUAGAUAGACAAUUUGUGCAGCAAGGCAUGGUUGAAAUACAUACCAAAAACAUAGAUGUCAGAUGAAGGUUCAUGGUAAGGCAUGCAAUUUUUGUAACAUAGAAGCUAGACAGAUAAAGACUGGUAGGUAUAGAGAUUCAUUGGAUUGAAUAUUCAAUGGAUAUAUCUUAAUAAUUUGGAAAAUUCCUUUGUAUGAUCUAUAGUGUUUGUUCCAAACCAUGUACAGAAAAGUUUUCUGUUUAAACUUUGGAUUUAAGUAGAGAUGCUUGUCAAGAGCUGUCCAAAUAAAGAGAAUAGAGAAGAAGUUGAUUUGAGA